UCUGAAACUCACCGAUGUAAACAAAAACCACCGACUCAGAAGUGACAGUAAACAAAGCUUCACACGUUACAGCUCGCGGCAGACACACUCCUGUCUCGGUAUCAUUUCGAUUCACCGACAACGUUGAGUUCAAUUAAACGAGGUUCUUUGUUGUUCUCUGAUGGAGCCGUCUGACAGCGUGGGGGACCUCAACUGCACGAUGGAGGCUGUGACACUGAGUGGUGGUCCUGCUCCCGACAGCUCCACCGGACAGAAGGAUACCUCGCCUGCAGUCAUGCUCAGAAUAAAACAGCAGAUGUCCAACCAGUGCUUUGAGAUUGCUGUACAGCUCAAUGCGGGAAAAAGUAAGAGGUCAUGCAGCACACCUGAAGCUGAAAGAGAGUUACCAGAUUAUGUGGAUGAGUUGGAAAGAGUCAAGACAAAUCAUUUUAACAGCACUUUGACACUGCACAGGAUGCAGAUGUGGCAUGCUAUUGGAGAAAAGCUGAAACAAAACGAUUUAGAAGCAGAGGCACUGAAAGCUGUGAGCGAUCGCUGCAUGGCUCUUUGUUCACAUAUAAAAGAACUUCAGAAAGAGUCGAGAGAUCUUCAAGAGGGAAUUACAGAAAUACAGAAAAAGAGACUUGAGAUGAAACGGCUCACACAUGAGAAAAUGAAAGAGAUUGAAGAGCAGAUGUGCAAGAAAGAGCACCCAGAUACAGAGAAGUACAGAGCGGCGUUAGAGAAAGGCCAGGCGAACCUGGAGAAAUACAAAAAGAUGACCAUCAUGACACAGAACGUCCUCAGGGGAAUCCUCUUGGCCUGCAAAGUCAACUGGCUGGAUGAUCCCGUACUUCGAGACAUUGCCAUGACUCUGGAGGAGUUUCCUGUCUCUGACUAGAGACGUCAUUCAUUUAUAUUUAUAUUUCUGUGUUGUACUGUCCAAUAAAUAUUAAAAUAAAACCUAAAA